AUGUGGACGGGACGUGGACGUGGACGGGACGUGGACGUGGACAUGGACGUGGACGUGGACAUGGACUUGGACGUGGACGUGGACGUGGACGUGGACAUGGACCUGGACGUGGACGUGGACGUGGACUUGGACGUGGACGUGGACGUGGACGUGGACAUGGAUGUGGACGUGGACGUGGAGGUGGACGUGGACGUGGACGUGGACGUGGACGUGGACAUGGACGUGGAGGACUUGGACGUGGACAUGGACGUGGACAUGGACGUGGACGUGGACGUGGACGUGGACGUGGACAUGGACGUGGACAAGGACGUGGUCGUGGACGUGUACGUGGACGUGGACGUGGACGUGGACGUAGACAUCGACGUGGACGUGGACGUGGACGUGGACGUCGACGUGGUCGUGGACGUGGACGUGGACAUGGACGUGGACGUCGACGUGGACGUGGUCGUGGACGUGGACGUGGACAUGGACGUGGACGUGGACGUGGACGUGGACGUGGACGUGGAGGUGGACGUGGACGUGGACAUGGACGUGGACGUGGACGUCUACGUGGACGUGGACGUGGACGUGGACAUGGUCGUGGACGUGGACGUGGUCGUGGACGUGGAGGUGGACGUGGACGUGGACAUAGACGUGGACGUGGACGUGGACGUGGACGUAGACCUGGACUUGGACGUGGACAUGGACGUGGACGUGGACGUGGUCGUGGACGUGGACGUGGACGUGGUCCUGGUCGUGGACGUGGUCGUAGACGUGGACGUGGUCGUCCACGACGUGGACUUGCACGUGGACGUGGACGUGGACGUGGACGUGGACGUGGUCGUGGACGUGGACGUGGACAUGGACCUGGACGUGGACAUGGACGUGGACGUGGACGUUGACGUGGACGUGGACGUGGACGUGGUCGUGGACGUGGACGUGGACAUGGACAUGGACGUGGACGUGGACGUGGACGUUGACGUGGACGUGGACGUGGACAUGGACGUGGACGUGGACGUGGACGUGGACAUGGUCGUGGACGUGGACGUGGACGUGGACGUGGACGUGGACGUGGACGUGGACAUGGACAUGGACGUGGACAUGGACGUGGACGUGGACAUGGAGGUGGACGUUCACGUGGUUGUGGACGUGGACGUGGACGUUGACGUGGACGUGGACGUGGACGUGGACGUGGACAAGGACAUGGUCGUGGACGUGGACGUGGACAAGGACAUGGUGGUGGACGUGGACGUGGACGUGGACGUGGACAUCGACGUGGACGUGGACGUGGACGUGGUCGUGGACGUGGACGUGGACGUGGACAUGGACGUGGACGUCGACGUGGACGUGGUCGUGAACGUGGACGUGGACAUGGACGUGGACGUGGACGUGGACAUGGACGUGGACGUGGACGUGGACAUGGUCGUGGGCGUGGACGUGGACGUGGACGUGGACGUGGACAUGGACGUGGACAAGGACAUGGUCGUGGACGUGGACGUGGACGUGGACGUGGACGUGGAUGUGGACGUGGACGUGGACAUGGACGUGGACGUGGACGUGGACGUGGACGUGGACAUGGUCGUGGACGUGGACGUGGUCGUGGACGUGGAGGUGGACGUGGACGUGGACAUGGACGUGGACGUGGACGUGGUCGUGGACGUAGACAUGGUCGUGGACGUGGACGUGGACGUGGACAUGGACGUGGACGUGGACAAGGUCGUGGUCGUGGACGUGGACGUGGACGUGGACGUGGACGUGGACGUGGUCGUGGACGUGGACGUGGACGUGGACAUGGACGUGGACGUGGACGUGGACGUGGACGUGGACGUGGUCGUGGACGUGGAGGACUUGGACGUGGACAUGGACGUGGACGUGGACGUGGUCGUGGACGUGGACGUGGUCCUGGUCGUGGACGUGGUCGUAGACGUGGACGUGGUCGUCCACGACGUUGACUUGCACGUGGACGUGGACGUGGACGUGGACGUGGACGUGGUCGUGGACGUGGACGUGGACAUGGACAUGGACGUGGACGUGGACGUGGACGUUGACGUGGACGUGGACAUGGUUGUGGACGUGGAGGACUUGGACGUGGACAUGGACGUGGACGUGGACGUGGACGUGCACGUGGACGUGGACAUGGUCGUGGACGUGGACGUGGACGUGGACAUGGACAUGGACGUGGACGUGGACGUGGACGUGGACAUGGACAUGGACGUGGACGUGGACGUGGACGUGGACAUGGACAUGGACGUUGACGUGGACGUGGACAUGGACGUGGUCGUGGACGUGGAGGACUUGGACGUGGACAUGGACGUGGACGUGGUCGUGGACGUGGACGUGGACGUGGACGUGGUCGUGGUCGUGGACGUGGUCGUAGACGUGGACGUGGUCGUCCACGACGUGGACUUGGACGUGGACGUGUACGUGGACGUGGACGUGGACGUGGACGUGGACGUGGACAUGGACGUGGUCGUGGUCGUGGACGUGGACGUGGACGUGGUCUUGGACGUGGACGUGGAUGUGGUCGUGGAGGACGUGGACAUGGAGGACGUGGACGUGGACGUGGAGGACGUGGACGUGGACGUGGACGUGGUCGUGGACGUGGACGUUGAUGUUGACGUGGACGUGGACAUGGACGUGGUCGUGGACGUGGAGGACUUGGACGUGGACAUGGACGUGGUCGUGGACGUGGACGUGGACGUGGACAUGGACGUGGACGUGGACAUGGACGUGGACGUGGACGUGGACAUGGACGUGGACAUGGACGUGGACGUGGACGUGGACGUGGUCGUGGACGUGGACGUGGACAUGGACGUGGACGUGGACGUGGACGUGGACAUGGUCGUGGACGUGGACGUGGACGUGGACAUGGACGUGGACGUGGACGUGGACGUGGACAUGGACGUGGACGUGGACAUGGACGUGGACAUGGACGUGGACGUGGACUUGGACAUGGACGUGGACGUGGACGUGGACGUGGACGUGGACAUGGACGUGGACGUGGACGUGGACGUGGACAUGGACGAGGACAUGGACGUGGACGUGAACAUGGACGUGGACAUGGACGUGGACGUGGACGUGGACAUGGACAUGGACGUGGACGUGGACGUGGACGUGGACAUAGACGUGGACGUGGACGUGGACGUGGAUGUGGACGAGAACGUGGACGUGGACGUGGACAUGGACGUGGACGUGGACGUGGAUUUGGACGUGGACGUGGACAUGGACGUGGACGUGGACGUGGACGUGGACGUGGUUGUGGAUGUAGACGUUGACGUGGACGUGGACGUGGACAUGGACGUGGACGUGGACGUGGACGUGGACGUGGACAUGGUCGUGGACGUGGUCGUGGACGUGGAGGACUUGGACGUGGACAUGGACGUGGACGUGGUCAUGGACGUGGACGUGGUCGUGGUCGUGGACGUGGACGUGGACGUGGACAUGGACGUGGACAUGUCCUCCACGUCCACGACCACGUCCACGUCCACGUCAACGUCCACGUCCACGUCCACAACCACGUGA